AUGGCCCACCACGUAGCGCCUUCUGCUGCACCGAAGCAGUUCGUGCUCUGCUUCGAUGGUACUGGAAAUAAGUUUGCUGGUGAUGAAUCAGAUAGCAAUGUCUUGAAAAUCUUUCGCAUGCUGGAUCGCAGUAAACCGCACCAAUACCAUUACUACCAACCCGGUAUUGGUACCUAUGUGACAACCAAAUCACUCUCCAGCCAUGGUCGCAUCCAGCGCAUUAGAUCCUGGUACGAAAAGGCCAAGGAUUCGGCCAUCGGUUCUUCAUUCGACGAGCAUGUAAUGGGCGGGUACAAGUUCCUGAUGCGGUACUAUUCUCCUGGUGACGAGAUUUUCUUCAUCGGGUUCAGUCGCGGCUCAUAUAUUGCGCGAUUUCUGGCUGAGAUGCUCGACUACAUCGGUCUACUCGAAGCUGGUAACGAGGAGUUGAUUCGGUUCGCUUGGAAGACCUUCGCCAAGUGGCAGCAGCGCCAGGGCGACUCGGAGGAGGACCAGGAAGAGAAGAAGAAACUCUUCGAGUAUAUGAAGGCCUUCCGUGAAACAUUCAGUCGCCCGAUCACGCGCAUCAAGUUCAUGGGACUUUUCGAUACUGUCAACAGUGUCCCGCGCUUUGAGAACGCCUGGAUGCAACGCAGCAAGUUCCCCUACACUGCACGCAGUUCGGCCAGUGUCAUUCGUCAUGCUGUCGGUAUUGAUGAGCGCCGUGCCAAGUUCCGUCAGGAUUUGAUCUCGGGAAAGCGCCCGCAAGACAAGAAGAAUAAGCACCACCGUCAUCACCUUCCUACUCCGCACAUCCCUAAUCCCCACUUUGAGAACCCCUUGGCACACCACGUCGAUGCUCAACAUCAUCUGCAUCUCCACAAUCAGGAUGCUCUGCGCAAGCAACAUCAAGAGGUUGCCCCCACCGAUGAAGUCCCCGCUAUUCGUUUGAAUGACGAUUCCGGCACCCCUGAUGAGAAACCGGCCCCGCACGAGGGAGUGCCUCCAUUGGAAAAUCCAGGAUGGGGUCCCAACCCAGGCGAGUCAUACUACCACUCCCGUCACCUUCACGCUGGCUCAUCCAAUCAGGGGAGUGACAGUAAUUUUGGAGAAAAGUCCCACCGAUACCGUGCACCAUCUCGAGGAUCACCUGGCCUGACCGUUCCCAACGGAAAGGUAUCUUUCGAGGAUCUCACAUCGGUCCGCAGUGGUCAAUCUGGCAAUCUCUCGAUCCAGGUUCCCAGUCAUGCCGGCGAUGGAUACGACAGUGACGACGAAGAGCAAGACAUCCGCGAGGUCUGGUUCCCAGGAUGCCACGCUGAUAUCGGUGGAGGAUGGAAACUUGAGGGCGGCGAGCUGUGGGCCCUGAGCCACGCUCCAUUGGUCUGGAUGGUCCAGGAAGCCCAAAAAGCCGGACUUGAACUGGAUGAGCGCAAGAUGAAGCAAUUCCAGUGUUUGGAGGAGUACGAUGGUGACUACACUCCUAUCCAGGAAACCCUUGGCAACCGCCGUGGCAGCCGCAUCAGUACGAGCCCGGGUCACCAGGACGACCCUGAUGCCUACCGCGUUGGACCUGAUGAGAAGCAGCGUUCCGCUGCCAGUCGCGAUUUCUGGCAUGCGCUACACACAUCGAGCACGAAGGGUCCCAAGCACGAUUGUCUGGAGUUCAAUCAGGGUUUACCUAGGCUCUCUGUGAUUUCUUGGCGGAUCAUGGAAUGGCUGCCGUUCCGUCGUAUGGAUCUUCAGAGUGAUGGGUCGUGGAAGCCUAUUCGCUGGCCGUUGCCGCGUGGUGAGGUCCGUGACGUGCCUUUGGACGCUGAGAUUCACGUGUCUGCUAUUCGCCGUAUGCAGGCCGAUCCGACCUACCGCCCUGGUAAUAUUAUUGUUGGUGGCGGUGGCCGUGGUGUGCGUAUUGCUCCCACUUAUCUCGGCAUGGGCGAAUGGGAAGUGUUCAAGAACGAGGGUGAUGGGGUCCGGGAGACGUAUGUGCGGAAAGACCAGGCUCCCAAAUGUAAGGAUCUGGCUCACGAACAUACCCAUUGA